CUGGGGUCCACGGGACCGGAAGCCGCCACCCCGUUCGGGGCACCCGCGUCAGCCGGGCUGGCCUCGCGACCCCGAGGGUGGGGGGAGAGGAGCCUCCCUUCGCGCCCAGGCUGGCCGCGAACUCACAGAGAUCCCCCGGCCUCUGCCUCCCGAGUGCUGGGGUCACGCCCGGCUUGUGUUUGUGGAGCCUGUAGACAGAUCCGAUGGCAUCUUGAUGUAGGAGAGACAGGGAUUAUCUGAGAUCUUCGACCCCCCAGAGGAGCUGGAGCAGAAGGUAUGGGAGCUGGCAAGGCUGAUGUGGCAGUCCUCCAGCGUGGUUUUCCACACGGGCGCCGGCAUCAGCACCGCCUCUGGCAUCCCUGACUUCAGAGGCCCCCACGGCGUGUGGACCAUGGAGGAGCGUGGCCUGGCCCCCAAGUUUGACACCACCUUCGAGAGUGCCCGGCCCUCGAAGACCCACAUGGCCCUGGUGCAGCUGGAACGCAGGGGCUUCCUCAGCUUCCUGGUCAGCCAGAACGUGGACGGGCUGCACGUACGCUCCGGCUUCCCCAGAGACAAGCUGGCUGAGCUCCACGGAAACAUGUUCAUAGAGGAAUGUCCCAAGUGUAAGACGCAAUACGUGAGAGACACAGUCGUGGGCACCAUGGGCCUCAAGGCCACAGGCCGGCUCUGCACGGUGGCCAAGGCGCGGGGACUUCGGGCUUGUAGGGGGGAGCUGAGGGACACCAUUCUGGACUGGGAGGACUCACUGCCUGACCGGGACCUGAUGCUCGCUGACGAGGCCAGCAGGACUGCAGACCUGUCAGUCACCCUGGGCACCUCGCUGCAGAUCCGCCCCAGUGGGAACCUGCCCCUUGCCACUAAGCGCCGGGGAGGUCGUCUGGUCAUUGUCAAUCUGCAGCCCACAAAACACGACCGCCAGGCUGACCUGCGCAUCCAUGGCUAUGUGGACGAGGUGAUGAGAAAACUCAUGAAACAUCUGGGCCUGGAGAUCCCCACCUGGGAGGGACCCUGCGUGCUGGACAAGGCCCUGCCGCCCCUGCCGCGCCCUGCUGCACCCAAGGCUGAGCCCCCUGUGCAUCUCAACGGCUCAGUGCACGCUGUGUAUAAGCCAGAUCCUGACAGCCCUGUAUCCCGGAGGCCCCCCAAAAGGGUGAAGACCGAGGCUGUCCCCAGCUGACCCGAGUGCAUGGGACCAGAGAGGUGCUUGUAGGGAACCACACAUGUUGGGAUUUUUUCUGUUUUGUUUUCUUUUUUUAUAUGCUGGGGACCGCACCCAAGCUUGCACAUACCGUACCACACCUUUUCGGAUUUUUCUUUGAGACCUGGGCUCCCUAAGUCCCUCAGGCUGCUCUUGAACUAAUUGCUAUAGCCCAGGCUGGCCUGGAGCUGGUGCCCUUCGCCCCGCAGCCAGCACAGUAGCAGGGAUCCCAGCACAGCUCCUUCCAGGUCUCACUGUAUCUCUUGUCCGGGUUCCCUGCCACGGAUGGAGGAGGCUAUGUCCCAGGGCUGGGGUUCACACGCCUCUCCACUGGCCACACCCCCUUGUGACUCAGGAUGUGCCCAGAGUGGCACCCACACACUCCACCCUCCCCUUGACCCAUCUAUGCAUAGGAGGGACAAGGGGCCCAUCUAUGCUAAGGGCCCCAGGCUUCCAGAAGCCCCCAAUGCAAUAAACACAAUUCCUUUCAGUUCUUCUUUCCUUUAUGUGUGCACAUGUGUGUUUAUGUGUACUUGUGCAUACACACAUGUGUCUGUGUAUAUAGUGUGUAGGUUCAUGGGUGGAGAUCAGGACAGCUUGAAGGAGCCGGUUCUCUCCCCCUACCAUAUGGCUUCCAGGAAUGGACCGCCCAGCCAAGCCUUCCCCCCCAGCGCCUGGUCUUCUUUAUUUGCCUGAAUGUGUUGGAAUCCCCAGCCAGCCCAGGCUGUGUGAAACCUGUCCCAAAAUGUUCCAUUUGGUUAUUUUAGUCAUUCCCCCCAACAUGGCCAGGUGCGUGGAUCAGACUGCUCUGUGCCCUCCCUCGCUACAUACACCACCCUUCACUUGGUCUUUGAGAGAGGUUCUCACUGAGCCCCUCUUUAGGCUAGGCUGACCCUCAAGCCUUGGCUCCACCUUCCUGGCACUGCGGUUACCAGGGCAUGCCUGGCUUUUUUAUUUAGUGUGUGGGUUUUGUCUGAUCCUACGUGGCUGCCUGGUGACUACAGAGGACAUCAGAUCCCUGGAAACUGGAUGGUUGUGAGCUACCAUGUGGGUUCUAGGAC